GCAUAAAUAUUCCAUCAGAAAAUAAUUUAGAUUUAUCUUACAUAGAACCAGUAAUUUUAAUUCAAAGUCAAUUAGAAAAUGAUGUUUCAAUGAAUAAUAGAAUAAUAGGUGAAUUAGAUGAAAAUCUUUCAAACAAAAAUGAUAUUUCUACAGCUAUUAAUAUAGCUUUAAAACAGGUUGGCUUUCUUUUUUUAUUAUUAGAUGAUGAUAAUAUACAUAAAUUGGAUACAAGUGACCUUACUGAACAAGUGGAUUUGAUACAAAAUAUACAACCUUCUUCAUCUCUAAUUCUA